AUGGCUGGUCACAUAUAUCAUGACCACGAGCCGACGUUGCAGGAUGCCAUGAGCACGAUCGCCCGACAAGCGAUCCGCAUCUCUCAACUCGAAGCAAACAAUGCAGCUCUUCGCGCGCAAUUGGAGUCAACAGCACAAGCCUAUGGAUCCUCAAGAUCGCAGGUCAAUGAUCCGCCUGCUUAUACGCCUGCUCCUGGAUCUGCCUCGAGGAAUAUGACAGAUGACAACCAGGGACAAGAAAUAUCCGGAAAGACUGGAGGAUCGGCAGACUUGAUGGCCCAGCACGAAGAAUUGAAGGCAAGACAUAGUCGGCUGGAAUCCGAGCACGCAGAGUGCGGGCCAAGGAUCGAAAAGUAUCGCGAGAAGGCACGGGAGGCGAAACGACGUUGCCAAGAGUGGAAGGACUGGCGAGAGAAGAGAAUAAAGGAAGGGAAGAUCCAAGACGAAAAUGGUCUUCAUCUAACGCCACAGGAAGGCUCUAGGAUCGACACUCCUGGACGUGUGGCUGCUCAUGCAGUCGCUCCUGCAGCAGGGAUGGAAGAGACCGCGGCUGGGACUGAUAUAGUCUCGAGUAGAGCAGCGACGGCUGCCAUCUCGUCCGAUCUACCUUCGAGUCCACCUAAAUCGUCCUCUGUUGCUGCUCUACCGAGGGUGACAUCAAGCCAGACGACUGCAGACGAUGUUUCAGAACCCAAUCGGAGCUUCGCGGGCCCUAAGAGCUUCCAGAGUAGUGAUCCUGUGGUCGUUUCUGCUCGAGCCGUGAAACGCAAAGCUGCUGCUGCUCCCACCAGCGAACUAUCAGCGCAGCGUGUCAAAAUUAAGGAGGAGCCAAAUUCGCCAGGAACAGCAAUUGAAUUGAGAUCUGAUGAUUACAGUAGCCCAAGGAGAAAUUCUCGACGGCUUUUCAGUACAGAAACCACAGAUCUAGAUGCUAGCGGACCCCAUAUGAUCACACCUCGCCGACGAGACUUCCCCAUCAAUCGGGGUCCGAGGGCCACUUCUGAGGAAGCUGUACGAGCUGCUCCGCGCCUGACAAGGGCGGUGUCUUCUUACUCCGAUGGCGAUCUGGCUUCUGAGAUAGGUGUACAAUCAGAUCUCAAGAUGGAGUUACCUUCCACUUCCCGACAGAUUGAUAUCGGACGGAGUGAACUUGAGCCUGUUAAACGUUUACAAGGGCAACAAAACAGAUGGUCUGACAGCGCUCUACAGCCUCUUGAAAUCAAUGUUCCGAAUCGGCCGCGCAGACAUAAUCAUUGGUCCGCCAGCAAAUCAAAAAGAAGGCGAACAGGCUCUAAGGGACACAUUGCAUUACUUUCUGAAGGCGGAGAUGAAGAAAGCCAAAGCGCACCUAAUCACGACGAGAGACACGAGACAGCGACUGAGGAUGCAACGGAUGGCCGGCGUCUCGACGAUCUGCUUAACAAGCGUUCGCCGGAAAAGACGCCUACGUUCGUUCGCCAGCCUUUAGAGAAAAGGAUAGACGGAGCAAAACUUGGGAAGUUUCCGCACCUACCCACUCCCAUCUCGGCUGUGAAGCAACCUCCAAACAGCGCAAAGCCGAAGGUCAAAGCGAUGCUGCCCUGGAUCCUGGCGACACCUGUAUCUGCAGCGAAGCGGCCUUCUCCUGUCAAAAGAAAAAGCCUGGCCAAGCAACCUGUUGACCAAGGGGAGCACCCGCCUGGUGUUGAGCCCGAUCAUGAGCCUCUCCGAAUCCGCGGGCUCGAUCGCUUAGGUCUCGAUGAUUUCAAAAUCAAUCCCAGGUACAUGGGGACAGACUUUGCGUUUGCUGACACGCUCCGUAAAAGAGAUGAGCGGAGGCAUCUGAUUGCUUCCAACCAGCCUGAACUUGACAAAGCCAUAGCGAUGGGCGAUGCUGCCUCGAUGUCGGGCAAGACGGAUGCUCAAGCGCUGGCUACCUUUCUUGGAUCGGGUUGGGAGGAUGUAAUGGGAGGCUACGGGCCCGCUCAACGCAAGGACAUUGUUGCGCAGGCGCAUGUGCAUUGCUUCACAAUGCAACAUGGCAAGCAGCGUCAGGCAUUUCAGCGCCGAAGUACACCGCCUGGUUUUUGGGAGACGGGAUUUCCGACGACUCAAGAAUCGGCACAGAAUCGUGCCAGAGCUCACGAGAUGGAACGGCAACAAGUGGCCGAGAGAUGGAGAGAAGCCAUGCGCGAGAAUGGGAGAUGGAUGUUUCGAGACGAGUAG